AUGGCAACCGCUCUGACCUGCUCUGUGGCUGGGGGUCGGUCGAGUGCUUCCAGACAUAUCACCAUGGAAUUCCCAGCCCCCAAGCUGGUCGACUUUGGAAUCCUGGAAGCUGUGCGACUAAAGCAAAAAGAAAGAGGGAAUAUACGCCGAUCAGCCUGGCCACAAGAUGAUGCUCGAUCUCGAGGGGUGUGGCAACCUCUUCAUGACGACGAUAAUGAUGACGGUGACGGUGAUGAUGACGGUGAUGGUGAUGAUGGUGAUGAUGAUGAUGAUGAUGGGGUGGUUUUCCUCAUGGCAGAUCUGUGGGAUGCAUCUGUGAAGCCGCAGCCAUCAGCUGAUGGAGUCACCAAGUCGGCCGUCAACGCUGCAGGUGCUGGAAGGGUUACACAGGCGAGCGUCUGUUGGAUGCGAGGAAGGGCAGCGGAUGUUUGUUCUCGAGAGCAAAGAGUAUUAUUAACUAUGGAGAUGACGCCCGGUGGCAGGCGUUGCGAGCAUUCCAUGUUUCCGGCACUACUUUACCUUGCGGCUGCCGUGAGCUCUGGGGGUGGAUGUUACGAGUAG